CAGCGUUGCGUGCCGUGUCCGAGGACUCCGACGCGAAGCACGAUAAAAGCUGUAAUGACAUCAAGAGGCUUGGACAUUCGGGCUUGCGGCUGCGUCAAAGGUGGCUGUUUCUUUCAGAGUUACACAGGUGCCAAGGGAUGAUGCAGCUCAGCUCGUUCUUGCUGUACGCCUCGACAUGCUUGUUACUGGGAUCCUUAUGCCGCUGGUCGGCAGCCGCACCGCAACACCCGGGAUUCAACCCGCUACUCGAACGCCAAGCUGAAUCGACACCCCAGACACCACCAGCACCGCAGCCUCCGGCGCCGCCGCCGGGAUGGUUCAACUUCCCAGGGGUCGGCGUGGUUGUGCCGACCUUCCAAGUUCCGAACUUCCAGUUCGCGGUCAUCAACUGGACGUUUCCCGGGUUUCAGACUCCCCAGGUACUUCAAGUUCCGUGGAUGCCUCAGAUGCCUCAGAUGCCUCAGAUGCCUCAAAUUCCCCAGUUCAACUUCUCUGUACCCGGCUUCGGUAUCCUACCAAGCAUCCCAAGUCUUCCCGGACUUCCCGGACUUCCCGGACUUCCCGCUGUGCCUGCCAUGCCAAGUUUUGUAGGCUUGUCUGGUGAUGUACCCGAUGUUCCUGACAUUCCCGAUGUCCCGGAUAUACCGGACAUUCCAGAUAUCCCGGAUGUCCCUGACAUUGUCGGUGGCACAGGUGCCUCACCGUCCAUUCCCGUGCCUCAAGAUCUGCCCCCGUCGGCGCCAAUCGCAAGCGAGAAACUUGUAGACCACGGGUCGUCACAGUGAGCAGAAGGGCAUGGAGCCAAGUGUUCCAUGCACAGCGUUUUAAUCGUAGGAUUGCUGCUGUUAAACAGGAAGCCGCAACGUGGUGAAAACGUAGUACGUUAUACGAGCUAUCUUGCAGGUGUUCUUAUAACAAGACAGGGAGUUUGUGUUCAUGCAAAAGAGUGAUUAACACCGCGCACCUGGACGCAUGCACGCACCCAUCUCCCCGGACACACACACGCGCACAGAAUACGCCAAGAUUGGCACCGAGGUGAAAACGAGCCAAGAAUAUUGUCAUACAGAUGCUAGGUGCAAUGAGCGUCCAACAAUGAAUGAAAAAGUUUAUCUAAAGGGCAAGGAAUUAUGGAAUCACAUCGCUUCCGUUCCCAAAAGCGAACUUUUGGGAGCUUGUGGUCCGAGAUAUAUGCCAAAUUGGAGUAACACUAGUUCACUUGACAAAGAAAGAAAAAACUCGACAUCACACAUUCGCUCAUCUUCGAAUAAUUGCCACAACAGCGGCAUCCUUGCGCCUGAGCAGCAUAUAUAGUUCACUGCCUGGUUUCCUUCACAGCACACGGGGCAACAACUUCUUUUGUUGCGCACCCCGUGUGAAGCAAUAAACUUGUCAUUUGACUAUUAAAAUGAUGGAAUAUUUUGCUGCCUUCUAAAGGGCACGA